AUGUCCCCCUACCUGUCCAGACGGACCUCACAUGAAAUUUCUUCGGGAACUAACACGUCGAGCUCGACGGAGCAUCACCCUUCUACACGCUCGCACGCCACCCACUCCCUCGACUGGAGGUUUCCUCCGUUGGAUAUUGAACGGAGAUAUGCGUACACUCUAUCUCACCGGGGUGUUCACGAGCCGCACACUGACUGCCCGAACUCCCUCAACUGCUUCCCCGAUAUCGAAACGAAACCUAUAUCCCCGACCUCCGCACUUGUACGCUGCGCCAUUCUCGAAAGCGAAACAGGCCAUCUCGACGUCAAAGAUAUUACUAUUGCUCUACAACUCAAAUUCCCCUACUUUUGUACUAUUGGCGGUACGAGUGAACUCGAGCGAUCUAUACCUCAUGCUCUGGCAAUGAACCCAUGCUUUGUUCGACGGGAAAGCUGGACAGGGGAUCUAUGGUCGGUGGAAAGAUUAACGUCGAUUACGGCCUAUCGACUCGGAAACACGACCUCCCAAACCUUGCUAUCUCCGCAAACCGCCGUGACCGUCUCUUCCCCUCACCCUGACGCAUCUGUACGUCUUGCGAGUGGCACCACAUAUCCCAUCGGAUCCACCCGCGGUCCUGCCGAUCACGAGCCUGGGGGCCAACGCUCCGACUGGACAGCGGUGCCAUCUUUGGAAGUGACCUCCGACAGUUACACUCCUUCAUUCGGCAGAGCCAGCUAUACGUAUCUUGUCGACGAGAACGGGAAACACCCAAGCCAUGUAGACUGUGUCAGCUCCCUCAGCUGUCUUCCUGAUACAAACGGCAAACCGAACUGUAUCUGGAACAUACUCUUACGCGCGGCCAUCCUCGGGAGCCCCGACCGACGACUCUCCAUCAGAGAACUGUAUCAGGAACUGAUGAACAAGUUUCCCUACUAUGCAAGGCUGUCGCCGGACGAGCUGCAAAGAUGGAAGCAAACCAUCCGCCACAAUCUCUCAGUCUUCAGCAUCUUCGUCAAGAUUGACAAACAACCCGGGGACCCGAUAUGGGGCUCCUACUGGACGAUCGAUCUGGACGCAUCACUCCAGGAGGUCAAACGUCCGCUGAAGCGCGCAGGCGGCGCGAUCAAGCCGGCAUCCCUGCGAUCACCCAGAGUCGAACAUCGAUUCGUGGGACCUCCUACUCCGAGUCCACGUCGGAUCGAGCACCGUGCGCCAACGGAGUAUGGCUAUCCUGUCCCUCUGACGAUCCCUCCAGCGAAGGCUGUCACGGCGCAGGCUCGUGAAGAUGAUGAGCGGACUGCAGGCGAAGACGGAAGCGGGUUAUCUAGCGCGGCCGGCUCUGCGUCGGGAAAAGCCAGCCAGGCUUGUGAGACAUGUACAUGCAUGUAA